CACGAGGGGCCUUCCUGGAAAGUGAGAGCGUCAACAAAAUCACUAGAAAUUAUACCCCAAAAAAUAAUGGAGUAAAACUCCUUUGCUUGGUCCAAAUGAAGCUUUUGAUAUAAAACUGAGUUACUGAGGAGGCCUGUCCGUGAAGGAAUGCUGAGCCAUGUCCUUCAGCGCCAGGAUCGCUAAAGUGAGCUACAGGAACAGACCCACCCAGCCUUCCGUGGCUGUGGAGUCACUCAAGGAGAUGCAGCAAAAGUUGAAAGAGGAGCGUGAAGCCAAGCGGGCUCAGCUGGAUGGAAGACAUGACUAUAUCUUCAGUAUUGUGGCUUCAUGCUUGGGGCUGGAGAAAGCAGAUGUGGAAGAUGCCAUAUUGGAGGGGAAUCAGAUUGACCGCAUGGAGCAAUUUUUCAUGGCUGACGGUCUUCCACACCUAAUGUUCUACUAUCAGGACACUGAACCAACUGUAGCAGCAGCAGCACCAGCAGCUACAGCCUCUAUGCCCGCCCAGCCUGUUGCCCAGCAGCCUGGUCACAGCAAGAAGUCCAAAGUGUUUGUAACAGAUGGGAGGGAUGUGGCACUGACCGGAGUGUGUGUCUUCUUCACCAGAGCCAAUACUUCAAAGGCAGUCACCUCUGAGAACAUACACAGAGAUGUAAAUUUCAACAUGUUGGAUACAACAGAAGGCGGUCUUUUAAAAAGUGUGGAGCAGCUGCUCUCUGAGAUCUUCAUUCCCACACUGAGGAAGAUGAACCAUGGCUGGGGAGAGGGGACAAGUCCUCAGACCCUGGCUGUCAAACAGGACUUCAUAUCUUCAUUGGAAAGCUUUGUGUCUGUGUUGGCUGGAGCACAGGAGAGCCUUCAGGAAAAGGUUACCUUGAAAGAGUGCGACACCUUUGACUUGAGGGUGCUGAAGGGCCCAUCUGACUACGUGGCAGCUGCCAGCAGCACAGAGACCAUAGAGAAGAUAGAGGCCUGCAUGAAAGUCUGGAUCAAACAAAUAGAACAGGUUUUAGCUGAGAGUGACCAGCUUAGAAAGGAGGCUGAUGAUCUUGGCCCUCGGGCUGAGCUGGAGCACUGGAAGAAACGGAUGACUCGCUUCAACUACCUUCUGGACCAGCUGAAGAGCCCCGAUGUCAAGGCUGCUCUGGGUGUGCUCUUGCUGGCUAAAUCUAAGCUCAUAAAGUCAUGGCGGGAACUGGAUGCAAGGAUCACAGAUGGAGUUAAUGAGGCCAAAGACAACGUCAAGUAUCUCUACAGCUUGGAGAAGUUUUGCGACCCGCUCUACAACAGUGACCCUGUAUCAAUGGUGGAUGCAAUCCCAGGUCUGAUCAAUGCCAUCAGGAUGAUUCACAGUAUUUCCCGCUACUACAACACAUCUGAAAAGAUUACAUCACUUUUUGUAAAGGUGACAAACCAGAUGAUCACAGCUUGUAAGGCCUAUAUCAAUAAUAAUGGCGCAAACUCAAUAUGGGACCAACCUCAGCAAGUCAUUACUGAGAAAAUCAAAGCUGCCAUUCGCCUAAACCAGGAAUACCAGCGAUGUUUCCACAGAACCAAGGAGAAGCUGGAGCAGACUCCUUCAGAAAGACAGUUUGACUUCAGCGAGAUGUACAUCUUUGGAAAGUUUGACACAUUCCAACGAAGACUGAACAAGAUCCUCGAAAUGUUCGCCACCAUUUCCACCUACUCCGUUCUAAAGGACUCGAAGAUAGAAGGGCUGGAGACGAUGGCCACCAGGUUUCAAGCUAUUGUGUUAAACAUGAAGAAAAAACAUUACAGUUUUCUAGACCAGAGGAAAAGUGACUUUGAUGUUGACUAUGAGGAAUUCUGCAAAAGCACUUCUGAACUCCACAAUCAACUGAAGAGUUUCAUGGAUAGCACCUUUGAAAAAAUUCAAAAUACAGAAAGGGCUCUAAAUGUGCUGAAGACCUUUCAAAGACUGGGCAUCCCAGAUCUUGGGAUUGAUGAGAAGUAUCAGCAAAUUUUACAGAAUUAUGGCCGGGACAUUGAAAUGGUUUCCCGCAUCUACAUGAAGCAGAAACUUGACCCCCCCAUUGGCAGGGACUUGCCCCCAGUGGCCGGUCGGAUCAUGUGGGCUCGGCAGCUGUACAGCCGUAUACAGGAACCCAUGGAUCUCUUUCAGCAGCAUCCAGGAGUUCUUUCCACAUCAGAGGCAAAAAGGAUCAUCAAGAACUUUAAUCGUGUAGCAAGAGUGUUGUUGGAGUUUGAGAUGAUCUACCAUCACAGCUGGAUGAAAAAGAUGGAGGAUGCCAAAGCUGGCCUGCAAGCCUCUCUUCUGGUCAGAUCUCCAGAAACUGGCGAGUUAUUUGUGAACUUUGACCCAGAGAUUCUGACGCAGAUCAGAGAGGUGAACUGCAUGACAAGGAUGAAUUUGGCAAUCCCUCCCUUCGCUUUUCUACUGCUGCAAAAACAGGAUAUCCUUAAGAAACACUACAAUAGAAUACAGCUGAUGUUGAGCGAGAACACUAGAGUGCGUGCUAAGAUUCAGAGUGUCUUUGAACAGCUGGCCAUGCCACAUGUAGCUAAGGUGGAUGAGGCUAUACAACCGGGUUUGACCUCCCUCAACUGGACAUCUCUGAACAUUGACAAGUAUCUCGACCGCAUCGACAAAGCAUUGGCUGAUCUUGAGUUGCUGAUGGACAGAGUGAAUGACCUGGUGGAGUUUAGAAUAGAAGCAGUACUGCAGGAGAUGAGCAUAUCCACCCUGUGUGUCCUGCCAGAGGAUGAGCCUGUGACCUGUGAGGAGUUUGUUCAAACCACCAGGGACCUUUGCAUAAGACAAGCUCAGAAAGUGAACAUGAAGAGCUCACUGGUGGAGGAGGCAGCUAAUGAACUGAUCAACAUGCUGCUAGAGUUUGACCACAAUCAGAGAGAGGAGGUGGAGAAGUUAGAGGAAGAGAGCUGCACAGAGAGCAAGACCAUAGACCACAAUGACAGUGAAGGUGAUGACGAGCGUCUCUUCUCCAGAAACACGCUGCUACGUUCUGCUAGUGUUGGUCCUUCUUCUCCGUUGGUGAGGAGGAAGAAGAAGAGGGACUUGAUGGAAGUGAUGGAGCAGGAAGCCCAGGAGCUGCUGUCCUACUUCAACCACCGUAACGUGGAUGCCUUGCUCAGAGUGACACGCAACACCCUUGAGAUGUUGCGCAAGCGCAUACAUACGUCCUCGCUCAUAAAUUUCUCUGCUGCGAGUGACCCAACCAGCCAUGGCAAAAGCAGCGGUCACCAUGCAAUCUUCAGAGUAAACAUGACCCUUUCCAUCCCUAACAUUGUCAUGGUUCCAGCUUUAGAGGAGGUUCAACAGGCUCUAAACCGCGCUGUAGAGUGUGUAGUCAGUGUCAGCAAAGGAGUCAGCCAGUGGAGCAAAGAAAGAAUAUCUAAGAGACAAAUGAAUGAAAGGCGAAUGGCAGCACUGAAACAAGACAGCUCUGAGAGUGAAACAGAGGACGGAGCAACAACAUACAGAAGCCUGGCUGAUGGCAGUACCUCAGACAUGUCAGCCUCUGUGAUCCAGGCCAUCCCGUUCCAAGCCAGAAAUUACUACAAGAGUGUGUCUGAGAACAAGGAAAUAGCCAAGCUAAUCUCUGUACUUAGCAGCUCCAUCACCUCCAGUAAAAAGGAAGUGGUGACCGCUCUACAUCACUUUAGUUGUUACCAUCACAUCUGGAGGAAAGACCGUGAAGAGACUAUGAGGAAAUUUAUCGAGGCGAGUCCCUUGUUAUCAGAGUUUGAGAGCCAGAUUCUUUUCUAUCGAGAUCUAGAGCUGGAAGUAAACUCUGAACCAGAGUAUAUUGCUGUAGGAGCCUUGGCGCUAUUCACAGCACCUCUAAAGAUGUCCCUCUCUGCUGAAAUCAAGAAUUGGAUGGUGGACUACGGACUUUACUGUAACAGGAAGUGUCGCUCAGAGAUGGAGCACAUUUUCGCUUUUGUAGAUGAAGCAGGAAAGAAACUGAAUCGACAGAUCAAAGACCUGGAUGACAUUCGUAUUGCCAUGGCUGCACUGAAGGAGAUCAGAGAGCACCAGAUAUCUAUUGAUUUUCAAGUUGCGCCCAUAGAGGAGUCCUAUGCCAUGCUUCAUAAGUAUGAACUAUCAGUGGCUAAAGAGGAGGCUGAAAAAGUGGAUACCCUGCGCUACACUUGGGAAAAGCUCUUGUCCCGGAGCACAGAGGUGCAGAACGAGCUGGUCGCCUUGCAGCCAAACUUCAGAGAAGAACUGGUCAGCAAUGUGGAGACCUUUCUGGAAGACUGCCAACACUUUUAUCAAGACUAUGAAAAGGACGGUCCCAUGGUUGUGGGACUUGCACCCCAAGACGCCAGUGAUCCGCUGAUCAUGUUCCAGAAUCGAUUUGACAACCUGUUCAGGAAGUACAUCACUUACACGGGAGGAGAAGAGCUCUUUGGACUUCCUGUUACCCAGCAUCCUCAGCUAUUGGAGAUUAGGAAGCAACUGGCUCUGCUGCAGAAGUUGUACGGCCUUUACAACAAUGUCAUCGAUACAGUUAAUGGCUACUAUGAUAUCCUCUGGGCUGACAUCUGCAUCGAGAAGAUUAAUAAUGAGCUACUCGACUUUCAGACGAGGUGUCGAAAACUGCCUCGUGCUCUGAAGGAGUGGCAGGCCUUUCAGGAUCUGAAGAAAACAAUUGAUGAAUUCAGUGAGUGCUGCCCCCUGCUGGAACUCAUGACUAACAAAGCUAUGAUGGCCCGGCACUGGAAGAGGAUAACGGAGGUGACUGGCCAUACCUUUGAGGUGGAAACUGACACAUUCAAGCUGCGUAACAUAAUGGAGGCUCCUCUACUCAAGUAUAAAGAAGAGAUUGAGGAUAUCUGCAUCAGUGCUGUGAAAGAGCGUGAUAUUGAACAGAAGCUGAAGCAAGUGAUCGCUGAGUGGGACAACAAGACUUUUACAUUUGCCAGUUUUAAAACCCGCGGAGAGUUGCUGCUGAGAGGAGACAGCACAUCAGAGAUCAUUGCCAGCAUGGAGGAUAGCCUAAUGAUCUUGGGAUCCCUUAUGAGCAACAGGUACAACACCCCAUUUAAAGGCCAGAUUCAGAAGUGGGUUCAGAAUCUCUCCAACACCACUGAUAUUAUCGAGCACUGGAUGACUGUUCAGAACCUGUGGAUCUAUCUGGAGGCUGUGUUUGUGGGUGGAGAUAUUGCCAAACAGUUGCCUAAGGAAGCAAAGCGUUUCUCUAAUAUUGAUAAGUCAUGGGUGAAGAUCAUGAUGCGAGCCCAUGAAAUGCCCAAUGUGGUACAGUCAUGUGUGGGGGAUGAGACCAUGGGACAGCUGCUUCCACAUCUCCUCGAACAGCUGGAGAUCUGUCAGAAGUCCCUAACAGGUUAUCUGGAGAAGAAGCGUCUGCUGUUUCCUCGUUUCUUCUUUGUCUCUGAUCCUGCCCUGCUGGAGAUCCUGGGCCAGGCCUCUGACUCCCACACCAUCCAGGCCCACCUUCUCAAUGUCUUUGACAAUAUCAAGUGUGUCCAGUUUCAUGAAAAGAUAUAUGACCGCAUUCUGGCCGUGUCAUCACGCGAGGGAGAGACUGUGGAGCUGGAUCGUCCCGUCACAGCUGAAGGGAACGUGGAGGUGUGGCUCAAUGCUCUGCUGAAAGAAUCCCAGAGGUCUUUGCACCUUGUGAUCAGACAAGCAGCUCUGGCCAUCCAGGACUCUGGCUUCCAGCUAAUUGACUUCCUCAACUCCUUCCCUGCUCAAGUGGGAUUACUGGGUAUUCAGAUGAUUUGGACAAGGGACUCAGAGGAAGCUCUGACCAAUGCCCGAUACGAUCGCCGCAUCAUGUCCAAAACCAACCAGUUCUUCCUGGAUCUCCUUAACACCCUGAUUGACAUGACCACGAGAGACUUGGAGGCUGUGGAGAGGACCAAGUAUGAGACCCUCAUCACUAUUCAUGUCCACCAGAGGGACAUAUUUGAUGAACUGUGCCGGUUGCAUGUCAAAAGCUCCAGUGACUUUGAAUGGCUGAAGCAGUGCCGUUUCUACUUCAAUGAGGACUCAGACAAGAUGAUCAUCAACAUUACAGAUGUGGGCUUCGUCUACCAGAAUGAAUUCUUGGGGUGUACCGAAAGGCUUGUCAUUACACCUUUGACGGACAGGUGUUACAUCACUUUAGCCCAAGCUCUUGGUAUGAGUAUGGGGGGAGCACCUGCUGGUCCAGCUGGAACAGGAAAGACCGAGACCAUAAAAGACAUGGGUCGCUGUUUGGGAAAGUAUGUUGUGGUCUUCAACUGUUCUGACCAAAUGGACUUCAGAGGCUUGGGGAGAAUAUUUAAAGGUCUGGCUCAGUCUGGUUCGUGGGGCUGUUUUGACGAGUUCAACCGCAUCGACCUCCCAGUUCUUUCUGUGGCAGCCCAGCAGAUCGCAAUAGUUCUCACCUGCAAGAAGGAACGUCGCAAAAAUUUUGUCUUCACAGAUGGAGACAAUGUUGAUAUGAACCCAGAGUUUGGCAUCUUCCUUACAAUGAAUCCAGGUUAUGCAGGUCGUCAGGAGCUUCCUGAAAACCUGAAGAUCAACUUCCGCUCCGUGGCCAUGAUGGUUCCGGACCGUCAAAUCAUUAUUAGGGUAAAACUGGCCAGUUGUGGGUUUAUAGACAACAUGGAGCUCGCACGCAAAUUCUUCACGCUUUACAAGCUGUGUGAGGAGCAACUGUCCAAGCAGGUUCACUAUGAUUUUGGCCUGCGCAACAUUCUGUCAGUUCUGCGAACUCUGGGAGCAGCCAAGCGAGCCAACCCCAGUGAUACAGAGUCUACCAUUGUCAUGAGGGUUCUAAGGGACAUGAACCUUUCAAAACUGAUCGAUGAGGAUGAGCCACUGUUUCUGAGCUUGAUUGAAGACCUCUUCCCGGGCAUCCAACUUGACAAAGCGGGCUACCCUGAACUAGAAGCUGCCAUUGACAAACAGGUGGAGGAUGCAGGCCUAAUCAACCAUUCUCCUUGGAAGCUAAAGGUCAUCCAGCUGUAUGAGACUCAAAGAGUCCGACAUGGCAUGAUGGCCCUGGGGCCCAGUGGGGCUGGAAAGACAACUUGUAUACACACGCUUAUGAAAGCUAUGACAGAAUGUGGUCAUUCUCACAGAGAGAUGCGCAUGAACCCCAAAGCCAUUACUGCACCUCAGAUGUUUGGCAGACUGGAUGUGGCCACAAAUGACUGGACUGAUGGCAUCUUCUCUACACUGUGGAGGAAAACACUGAGAGCAAAGAAAGGAGAGCACAUCUGGAUAGUGCUGGAUGGGCCAGUUGAUGCCAUCUGGAUUGAAAACCUAAAUUCAGUUUUGGAUGAUAACAGAACUCUUACACUCGCAAAUGGAGACCGAAUACCAAUGGCUCCCAACUGCAAGGUGGUAUUUGAGCCGCAUAACAUCGACAAUGCCUCUCCAGCCACCGUCUCACGCAAUGGCAUGGUGUUCAUGAGCUCCUCUGUGCUCACCUGGAUCCCCAUACUAGAGGGCUGGUUGAAGAAACGGUCCCCACAUGAGGCAGAGAUACUGAGAAAGCUCUUCUCUUCGUCUUUCUCUGAGCUCUACCGCUUCUGUGUGCAGUCACUAGAGUUCAAAAUGGACAUGCUAGAGGCCUUUGUAAUCAUGCAAUGCAUAAACAUGCUACAGGGACUCAUACCACUUAAGGAGCAGUGUGGCGAUUUAUCCAGAGAGUUCUUGGAGCGGCUUUAUGUCUUUGCACUAAUGUGGAGCGCUGGGGCCGUACUUGAACUGGAUGAUCGGAGGAAGAUGGAAAUCUGGCUUAGAGGAAACAAGAGUAUUCAUCUAAACUUGCCAGACAUUCCUCCUGACAGUGAGGACACCAUGUUUGACUACUACGUCACAGCAGAUGGUCAUUGGGUCCAUUGGAACACCAGAGUGGAGGAAUAUAUUUAUCCAUCUGAAUUCACACCAGAGUACAGCUCAAUUUUGGUCCCCAAUGUGGACAACGUUAGAACAGACUUCAUUAACUGUUUGUUUUCUUGUUCUGCUGUCGUCCUUCUCAUGUUAUCCUAUAACGUGGAAGCUGUUUUGCUAAUUGGAGAGCAAGGAACAGCCAAGACUGUUAUCAUCAAGAGCUACAUGUCAAAGUAUGACCCUGAGACCCACAUAGGCAAGAGUCUCAACUUCUCUUCUGCUACUACACCACUAAUGUUCCAGAGGUCAGUUGAGAGCUAUGUUGAUAAGAGGAUGGGGACCACUUAUGGACCGCCUGCUGGGAAGAAAAUGUCAAUUUUUAUAGAUGACAUCAACAUGCCUGUCAUCAAUGAGUGGGGAGACCAGGUGACUAAUGAGAUUGUCAGGCAGCUGAUGGAACAGAAUGGUUUCUUCAAUCUGGAAAAACCUGGAGAGUUCACAAAUAUUGUGGAUGUUCAGUUCCUGGCAGCAAUGAUUCAUCCUGGAGGGGGCCGUAAUGACAUACCACAGAGACUGAAAAGGCAGUUCUCAAUCUUUAACUGCACCCUGCCCUCCAAUGCUUCGAUAGACAAGAUAUUUGGCGUGAUUGGUGAGGGCCACUUUUGCACAGGACGUGGUUUUAGCGAGGAGGUCCAGAGCUCUGUACCUCGUUUGGUUUCCCUCACGCGUCGUCUCUGGCAGCUGACUAAGGUCAAGAUGCUUCCAACUCCUGCAAAGUUCCACUACAUCUUUAACUUGAGGGAUCUCUCCAGGAUCUGGCAAGGCAUGCUCAGCACCAAUGCUGAAGUCGUCACCUCUGUCCAGAUGUUGAUGGCACUUUGGAAACACGAGUGCAAACGUGUGAUAGCGGAUCGAUUUACGAUGCCAGAUGAUGUGGAGUGGUUUGACCAGGCUCUGGCAAAGCUGGUGGAAGAACAUCUUGGUGAAGAGCACAAGAAUAUGGUGGACUAUGGAGCAGAAAGAUAUUUUGUUGACUUCUUGCGAGAUGCCCCUGAGGCCACAGGGGAAGAGCCAGAAGACUCAGACUUUGAUUUGCCCAAAGUGUACGAGCCUAUUGAAUCAUUUGAGGCUUUAAAGGACCGUCUGAACAUGUUCCUAAGCCAUUACAAUGAAAGCAUUAGGGGUACUGGCAUGGAUAUGGUCUUCUUUCAGGAUGCUAUGAUACAUCUGGUCAAGGUGUCGAGGAUAAUCCGAACACCGGGAGGUAAUGCCCUGUUGGUGGGUGUUGGGGGUUCUGGCAAACAGAGCCUGACCAGAUUGGCCUCGUUCAUAGCUGGAUACAAGAUCUUCCAGAUCACGCUCACACGCUCAUACAAUACAUCCAACCUGAUGGAUGACCUGAAGAGUUUGUACAGAACAGCUGGCCAGCAUGGAAAAGGCAUCAGCUUCAUCUUUACUGACAACGAAAUAAAAGACGAGUCCUUCUUGGAGUACAUGAAUAAUGUGCUGUCGUCUGGAGAGGUGUCCAACUUGUUUGCCCGUGACGAAAUAGAUGAUAUCCUCAAUGAUCUCAUCCCUGUCAUGAAGCGAGAGUUUCCCCGGCGACCUCCAACCAACGGAAACCUGUACGAUUACUUCAUGUCGCGAGUUCGACAUAAUCUCCACGUCAUUCUGUGCUUUUCCCCUGUUGGGGAGAAGUUCCGGAACAGAGCGUUGAAGUUUCCGGCGCUGAUCUCUGGUUGCACCAUGGACUGGUUCAGCCGCUGGCCCAAAGAUGCACUAGUUAGAGUUUCAGAGCACUUCCUGUCUGUUUAUGACAUAGACUGCUCACCGCAGGUUAAAUGUGAGGUAGUUCAGUGCAUGGGCUCCUUCCAGGAUGGUGUAGCAGAGAAAUGUGCAGACUACUUCCAGAGAUACCGACGCUCCACCCAUGUCACACCCAAGUCUUAUUUGUCCUUCAUUCAAGGCUACAAAACCAUCUAUAAAGAAAAGAGGUCUGAAGUUCAGACUUUGGCCAACAGGAUGAAUACUGGUCUCCAAAAGCUGAAAGAGGCAUCAGAGUCUGUGGCAGCUCUCAGCAAAGAACUGGAGGUGAAAGAGAAGGAGCUACAGAUUGCCAAUGACAAGGCUGAUAUGGUGUUGAAGGAGGUGACAGUAAAAGCCCAGGCAGCAGAGCGAGUGAAGGUAGAGGUACAAAAGGUGAAGGACAAGGCGCAGGCCAUUGUGGACAGCAUUUCAGCUGACAAGGCCAUCGCUGAGGAGAAACUCGAAGCUGCCCGGCCAGCUCUCGAGGAGGCAGAGGCUGCGCUGCAGACAAUUAAGCCGUCGGAUAUUGCCACAGUACGGACACUUGGUCGCCCCCCUCACCUCAUCAUGCGGAUCAUGGACUGCGUGCUGCUGCUCUUCCAGAGGAAGGUCAACCCCGUGAAAAUUGACCCAGAGAAGAACUGCAACACUCCUUCAUGGCAGGAGUCAUUAAAACUCAUGACUGCUGGAAACUUCCUGGGCAGUCUGCAGCAAUUCCCCAAGGACAGCAUUAAUAGGGAAACUGUGGAGCUCCUGCAGCCUUAUUUCGAAAUGCCUGACUACAACAUCGAAACAGCCAAGAGGGUGUGUGGCAAUGUAGCUGGCCUAGCAUCCUGGACCAAAGCCAUGGCCUCCUUCUUUUCCAUCAACAAGGAGGUCUUGCCCUUGAAGGCUAACUUGGCCGUGCAGGAGAAUCGUCUGACCAUAGCUAAUGCGGACCUUCAGAAAGCUCAGGCUGAGCUAGAUGCCAAGCAGGCAGAGCUUGAUGUGGUACAGGCAGAGUAUGAGAAAGCAAUGAUGGAGAAACAGACGCUGCUGGAGGAUGCUGAGCGCUGCAGACACAAGAUGCAGACAGCGUCCAGUCUCAUCAGCGGUCUCGCUGGCGAGAAGGAGAGAUGGACGGAACAGAGCAAAGAGUUUGCUGUCCAAACCAAACGGCUCGUGGGUGAUGUUCUUCUGGCCACAGCUUUUCUUUCUUACUCAGGACCUUUCAAUCAGGAGUUUCGUAACCUUCUGCUGAACGACUGGCAGCGAGAGCUGAAGCAGCGUUGCAUCCCGUUUGGUAACAACCUCAAUCUGACUGAACUGCUCAUUGAUGCGCCCACUGUUAGUGAAUGGAACCUUCAGGGUUUGCCAAAUGAUGACCUGUCCAUUCACAAUGGCAUUAUUGUAACCAAAGCUGCCCGCUUCCCCCUCCUUAUUGACCCACAGACACAGGGAAAAAUCUGGAUCAAGAACAAAGAAGCCAAGAAUGAGCUACAGAUCACCUCACUGAAUCACAAGUACUUCAAGAACCACCUAGAGGACAGUUUGUCUCUUGGUCGACCCCUUUUGAUCGAGGAUGUGGGGGAGGAGUUGGACCCUGCACUUGACAACAUACUUGAGAAAAACUUCAUCAAAACUGGCUCCACUUACAAGGUGAAGCUUGGUGACAAAGAAGUGGAUGUGAUGAAGGGCUUCAGGUUGUAUAUGACCACCAAGCUGCCUAACCCGGCUUACACUCCUGAAAUCAGUGCUCGCACCUCCAUCAUUGACUUCACUGUCACCAUGAGAGGACUGGAGGACCAGCUGCUGGGCAGAGUCAUCCUCACUGAAAAACAGGAAUUGGAGAAGGAGAGGACAGACCUCUUGGAAGAUGUGACAUCUAACAAGAGAAAGAUGAAGGAACUAGAAGACAGUCUUCUCUACCGACUGACCAGCACACAGGGUUCCUUGGUUGAUGAUGAGAGUCUGAUUCUUGUCCUUAGCAACACGAAGUGUACAGCUGAAGAAGUCACUCAGAAAUUACAGAUUGCCGCAGAGACUGAGAUCCAGAUCAAUGCAGCCAGAGAGGAGUACCGGCCAGUGGCCACCAGGGGCAGCAUCCUGUACUUCCUGAUUACAGAGAUGAGUAUGGUGAAUGUCAUGUAUCAGACGUCUCUUAGACAGUUCCUGGGACUUUUUGACCUUUCUCUGGCCAGGUCUUCUAAAAGCCCCAUCACGAGUAAACGGAUCGCCAACAUCAUAGAGUUCAUGACCUUUGAAGUUUAUAAGUACGCAGCACGGGGCCUGUAUGAGGACCACAAGUUUCUUUUCACUCUGCUGAUGACGCUGAAGAUAGACAUGCAAAGCAACAAGGUCAAACACGAGGAGUUCCUCACACUCAUUAAAGGAGGUGCAUCCUUGGAUCUGAAGGCUUGCCCCCAGAAACCAGCUAAAUGGAUCCUUGACAUGACCUGGCUAAAUCUUGUAGAGCUCAGCAAACUUUGGCAGUUCGCUGAUAUACUGGAUCAGAUAAGUCGUAAUGAGAAACAGUGGAAGGCUUGGUUUGACAAGGAGGCCCCAGAGGAGGAAGUGGUCCCCAACUCCUAUGACCAGUCUCUUGACUGUUUUAGACGGCUGCUCCUCAUACGCUGCUGGUGUCCUGACAGGACCAUUGCACAGGCCCGUAAAUACAUAAUGGAUGCAGUAGGGGAGAAAUACACUGAAGGGGUGAUUCUUGAUUUAGAGAAGAUGUGGGAGGAAUCGGACCCAAGAACACCUCUCAUCUGCUUCCUUUCAAUGGGCUCAGAUCCAACUGACUCCAUUAUAGCACUCGGGAAGAAGCUGAAAAUUGAGACCCGAUAUGUCUCCAUGGGUCAAGGACAAGAGGUUCACGCACGCAAGCUUCUGCAACAAACUAUGGCUAAUGGUGGCUGGGCCUUACUCCAGAAUUGCCACCUGGGUUUGGACUUCAUGGAUGAGCUUAUGGACACUGUGACAGAGACAGAUUUUGUCAACGACAGCUUCCGCCUUUGGAUGACCACUGAGGUCCACAGACACUUUCCCAUCACACUUCUCCAGAUGUCCAUCAAGUUCACCAAUGAACCACCACAGGGCCUCAAGGCAGGGCUUAAGAGGACAUAUGGCGGUAUAAACCAGGACCUUUUGGAUGUCAGUAACAUGGCGCAGUGGAGGCCGAUGCUGUAUGCAGUAGCCUUUCUUCACAGCACAGUUCAGGAGAGAAGGAAAUAUGGCCCCCUGGGAUGGAAUAUUCCCUAUGAGUUCAACCAGGCUGAUUUUAAUGCCACUGUCCAGUUUGUUCAAAACCAUCUUGAUGACAUGGAUAUUAAGAAGGGUGUGUCCUGGAACACAGUUCGAUACAUGAUUGGAGAGAUUCAAUACGGUGGUCGUGUGACCGACGACUAUGACAAGCGCCUCCUCAACACCUUUGCCAAGGUGUGGUUCAGCGAGGAAAUGUUUGGACCUGCAUUUAGCUUCUACAAGGGCUACAGCAUCCCAAAGUGCUCCAGUGUUGACCAGUAUCUAACAUACAUUCAGGGUCUCCCAGCCUAUGACACUCCUGAGGUGUUUGGGCUGCACCCAAAUGCAGACAUAACCUUCCAGAGUAAACUGGCUAAGGACGUACUGGAUACCAUCCUCAGCAUUCAGCCAAAAGACAGCUCAUCAGGCGGAGGAGAAACCAGAGAAGCUGUAGUGUCCAGGCUGGCCGACGACAUGCUGGAGAAACUGCCUCCUGACUACGUACCUUUUGAAGUGAGAGAGCGUCUUCAGAAGAUGGGUCCUUUCCAGCCGAUGAACAUCUUUCUGCGUCAGGAGGUCGAUCGGAUGCAGAGGAUCAUAGUUCUUGUCCGAAACACCUUGACAGACCUGAAGCUGGCUAUUGAUGGAACCAUCAUCAUGAGUGAGAACCUGCGGGAUGCCUUGGACUGCAUGUACGAUGCACGAAUUCCUGCACGCUGGAAGAAGUCAUCGUGGGCCUCCAGCACCCUGGGGUUCUGGUUCACGGAGCUGCUUGAGCGGAACCGUCAGUUCCAGGCCUGGAUCUUUGAAGGGAGACCCAACUGCUUCUGGAUGACAGGUUUCUUCAACCCGCAGGGCUUCCUGACAGCCAUGAGACAGGAGAUCACUCGGGCGAACAAGGGCUGGGCCCUGGACCGCAUGGUGCUGUGCAACGAGGUGACGAAGUGGAUGAAGGAUGACAUCACCCAGCCGCCCACAGAGGGAGUGUACGUCUACGGUCUUUACCUGGAGGGAGCUGGCUGGGACCGCCGCAACUGCAAACUUAUUGACUCCAAACCCAAAGUCCUCUUUGAGAUGAUGCCGGUGAUCAGGAUGUAUGCUGAGAAUAAUGGUGUAAAAGACUCCCGCCUCUAUUCCUGUCCAAUCUACAAGAAGCCCACCAGGACAGACGUAAACUACAUCGCAGCUGUAGACCUGAAAACCUCCCUUCCUCCAGAAUACUGGAUCCUGCGUGGAGUGGCGCUCCUCUGUGACGUCAAAUGACUGUUUCAUAAUGAACACUGACACAUACAGCCAUUAUUCAUUUUCCCUCAGUUAUAGGGAUAGUUAAGUGUGCAGGAUUAAAAAGCUGUUAUCAAG